AUGACCGAUUCAGAAAGUACUGAAGUAAUCCGGCGCAUAAAACAGUUAAACAAUCAAAAUUUGAAGCUAUCCAGACUACUCAGCACUGCACUCGCUCUAGUGACUGAAGACAAUGCCGGAGUAUCAAAGCUACGAGAAGAAACAGCGAGUCUAAGCCAAACAUUGAACGUAUUGGAGAAAGAGAAAGAUGAGCUGCAACAACAAUUGGAUGUAAUAGAGCCUCCGGGUUCUUUGAAACGAGAGGUAAGAAAUCUGGAACAUGAACAUUCAGAAUUGAGAGCGAAACUAGACGAAGCAUUGAGCGUAGUCAGUACGGGUCACACGGAAAUCGAGCAACUGAGAUCAGAAGAUGAGCAACUGAGGAGGACCUUGGAAGAAAUGGAAGCUGAAAGAGCGUACUUAAUGACGCAGCUGAAGCAAAUUGAAGAGCAGAAAAAUGCAUUGUCACAUGAAAGUUUUGUCUUGAAGGAGAAACUAGCACAUAUUGAGAGCAUCCAGGAGACUCUAACGUCAUCAGAAAAUGUUUCGAUGAAUUCAAGAGAGAUCGAGUUAUCUGAUCCAAGUCCUUAG